UUCCUCAUCAAUUCUUGCAGUUGUUUGUACGAGGACUCAGAAGAAAUGGGAGCAAACAAAAGUGUCCACGUUGGAAGAUCAAAGCUAGACAUUGGAGUUGAUUUCACAAGAAGACUAUGUAGUUCUGACAUGAAGAGGCUGUCAAGAUGUCUGGUUUCUAUGGCUACUGGCAGCCUUCGCUGGAAGCAGCCUGGUCUAAUUUAUUACAGUGAUUUGCUAGAUAUAUCGUGGCACAAAGGGCUGCAUGAUUCAGACGUAUUGGUCACGUAUAGGUAUCAUAGACCUCGAGAUAUUGGUCCCCCCUCCCUCACCAUUAAGCAUUCAGUUUCACCCGAGGUAAGAAUCCAUGGAAUUCCCAUGAACAGUUUUCGCCAUUCCCAAAGUCAAGGUGUAAGAUUGUCCGAGUUGUCGAUUGGGUUUGAUUAUGUCGAGCCUUCUGAAUCUGAUUCGACCAAAGGCAAAGCAACAGGUGUAUACUUUAAGCGUUUUCACUUUUCACACGAUGGAGGCCGCUCUAUAAGUACAGACCGAGAUGGUUUUCAACUGACUCGCAGUGGAAGUCCAUCUGAUAAUGUGAUAGCUGUUAGUCAAGAAUCUCGAUUUCAAGAGGAAAAUGAUAACAGUUUUACUAAUUUCAGUGUCCAUAUGGAACUAGGAACUGCAAUUCCACCAACCUUGUUGACCUACUAUCGGUUUGAAGUUACUGCAGCAAGAGGAAUCAAACUUGGACCAGCAUUGUUUUUCUCACGGAUGAGUGGUGGAACUGUUAAGGGAUCCUUUGCUCCAUACCAAGCAUUUGCAAUCGGUGGUCCCAGUAGUGUGCGAGGCUAUGGUGAAGGUGCCAUUGGCGUUGGACAAUCGUGUCUGCUAUCCACAACUGAAUUGUCAAUCCCAUUGAGCAAAAAACUAACAGGUGUUAUCUUCCUGGACUGUGGGUCUGACCUGUGGAGUAGUGAUAAAGUUCCAAAUAAUCCAGGAGAGAGACAUGGUAAGCCUGGAUUUGGAUCUGGAAUUGGGGUUGGCAUUCGAUUCAAAACCCCCUUGGCUCAUGUACAAGUUGAUUAUGCCAUUAAUGCCUUUCAAAAAGGAACUGCAUAUUUCGGAAUUAGCGAUCUGCUGAUAUAAAAACUGACACUGCAUAAUUUGGCAAUUUUUGUCUAAUCUUUAAUUUGAUUAUAAAAGGUGAUACAAAUACACAUGUCAAAAUCCCUCUACAC